AUGCUACUCAGGAAAUCGACACUGCCAUCAAUAUUCAGCUCUCUGAGGAGACCACUGGGCCUCUUCCCUUUUCUCUCAUCAUCCAGCCGACCCUCCAGGAGCAGCUGGAACCCAGCGACCCAUGAUGCAAGCGGAACACAAGUCCGAUCGAUUGCAUCGAAUGCGAAGCCGAUUCUUGAGCAGCUCGACCUGAUCCCCGCAAGGACGGAAGAGCCAAUUGCGGGUGUUUACGAUGGACAAUGGAAGCAGGGAAAGGGCGAGAUCCUCCGACCGGUUGACCCGGCUACCGGGAAUCCGAUCGGGCUGCAUGUCUCGUGUGCGGACCACGGACAGACUCUUGAGACGAUUGGAAAAGCACGAGAAGCAUUCAAGAGCUGGCGCAACGUGCCCGGGCCGAAACGGGGGGAGAUCCUGAAAGACUUCAACAGAGAGCUCGUCCGGCUUAAAGAACCCCUCGCUGGCCUCAUCACUCUCGAGAUGGGCAAGAUUAAGAGUGAGAGCUUGGGCGAGGUGGAGGAAGUCGUUCAGAUCUGUGACUACGGGCUCGGUUUGAGUAGGAUCUUUGGCGGCAAAAUCAUCGCUAGUGAGCGCCAAGGUCACGUCAUCAAAGAGAUCCCCAACCCCCUCGGAUUGGUCGGGGUGAUUACCGCCUUCAACUUCCCAUGUGCUGUUUACGGUUGGAACUUCGCGCUCUCUUUCAUCACUGGAAACGCGACCAUUUGGAAGCCAUCACCUACGACGCCUUUAACAGCAAUCGCGAUGAAUAAGAUCAUCACCCGGGUUCUCGAAUCCCACGGCUUACCUGGGGCACUUUCGAGCUUAGUCUGUGGAGGCUCAUCGGUCGGUGGACAGCUGGCUACUGAGCAAAAGGUCGACCUUCUCAGCUUCACCGGCAGUGAACAUGUCGGUAAACAGGUCGGAGAGACGGUCCAAGCUCGGUUCGGCAAGGUUCUUUUGGAACUAGGAGGUAAUAAUGCCUUGGUGGUCAUGCCCAGUGCCUCAAUUGACCUUGCGCUUCGAGCGACAGUGUUUGGAGCCGUCGGGACGGCCGGACAACGAUGUACGACGACUCGGCGACUUUUUCUGCACGAGUCUAUCGCAGAAAACUUCUUGAACUCGCUCAAGAAGUCAUACGAACAGGUGACUACCAGGGUUGGCCAUGGACUCGAGCCGUCGACCUUAGUAUGUGCGUUGCACACUCCUCAAGCCGUCCAGAGCUAUCUCGAUUGCAUCAAAGAGUGCAAGAAGGAAGGUGGAAAGAUCUUGCACGGCGGGCAGAGGAUCGAGCAGAGCCAGUUCGUCCAACCCACCAUUAUUGAUUGGGGUGAUCGGUUGAAAGUCCCUUCCGCAAUGCCCAAUAUCGUUCGGAAGGAAGUCUUUGGACCCAUCUUACAUGUCGGAAGGUUUAGAAAAUUGGAAGAAGCCGUAGAAAUGACAAAUUCAGUCGACCAAGCUCUUAGUAGCUCCUUAUUCUCAAUGGAUAUCGGCGACGUCUUCUAUUGGACUGGACCAAAUGGUUCUCGAUGUGGCAUUGUGAAUGUCAAUGCGGGCACAAGUGGCGCCGAGAUUGGAGCCGGGUUUGGAGGGAACUUCCACACUGGAUGGGGACGUGAGUCGGGGGGAGAUGCCUGGAAACAAUAUUGUCGAUGGUCCAGUUGUACCAUCAACUUCUCGGAUCAAAUGCCGUUGGCCCAGGGGAUCAAUUUCACCUAG